CUCUCCCGACCUCUCCAGCCCAGACGUUUAUCAUGGCGCGACCAAACUUCGUUCUGAUCCUCACCGACGACAUGGGCUCCGGGGACCUGCCCUGCGUGCCCGGCGGCGACCCGGCCGUCGUGUGCGGCGGCACUGCAUCUUUCGGCCAUCCGUACGCUCACAUGCCGCACCUCGCGGCGCUGCAGCGGGACGGCGCGCGCUUCACCGCCGCGUACACGCUCGGCCUAACCUGCUCGCCGAGCCGCAACGCCUGGCUCACGGGACGGAUGCCCGCCGAGAUGAAUGUCGGCGUCGAGGGGUUGCCGCAUCCUCCGGUGAGCGAGAUGCUGCGCGCCGCUGGCUACGCCACGGCCCACUUCGGAAAGUGGAACAUUGGCAAGACGGCGACCGCCAUCGACACCUCCAAGAACAUCGCCGCCGGGACGUACGGCUUCGACGUCAUCGACGAGAAGGGCUGGCCAAACGGCACGGCGCCACGCCGCUCGCGCCUCGAGGGCCGCUACUGCGUGCGAGGCGUCGACCACAGCGAUCGCACUUGGUACGGCCGCGACGGGGGCUACUUCGACCUCGCCGUCUCGUGGCUAUACGAGGUCGCCAAGCCGCCCUUCUACAUGGAUGUGUGGGCGAUGACGCCGCACCGGCCGGUUCCGAUGUUCCCGCCAAGGAGCGAGGCGAUCAACCACGUGGCUCCCCGCGCCACCAGGCCGCGGACACGAGCCAUGCCCUGGCUCGGCGACCGGUUCCGCGACCGGUUCUCCGCAGAGGGAUUCGACCGGCACCUCUUCCCCGCCGGCAUGCAGCGGCGUUUCGACGACCACGCAAGGCUGGGUGCGGCAGGGUACAAGGCCAAGGUGAAGCAUUCUGCGCAGCCGGGCGGCAGCAAGGCGAGGGUGCUGCAGCGGUACAACACCAGCCUCGCCGACGGCAUGGCGACCUACCUCGGCGAGAUGUACGGGCUAGACGUGCACAUCGGCCGCCUCCUCGCGGCGCUCGACGAGACGCGCGUCCGCGACAACACGGUCGUGCUCUUCUCGUCUGACCACGGGCCCGAGCAGACGCGAGAGAACGAGCUCGGCUCGACAGGACCGGGCCGCGGCGGCAAGCAAUCGGCGUUCGAGGGCGGCAUCCGUCUCCCGUACAUCAUCCGAUGGCGCGAGAGUUAG